AUGGCGGGCUGGGUCCGUCCCUGCUUAUCUCUCUAUAUCACCCCCACCCACCCUCUCUAUAUUUCGGUGCCAAGAGCUGUCCGUGAAGCCAUCGAUGGAGUAUUAGCCACCACUGCCAAAGGUCGCUCCCGCUGGAACCGCACGAUUCUUACAAAUUGGCUCAAGCUAUAUUCACAUUCUCGGUCGAUUGGUUCACAGUUGGAUGAAAGAGCAUUUACCGAUGAUUUAGAGGAGGUUACUGAUUAUAUAGCUGCACUUGAAACGUGUGUUCAAGCCAUGUGCCCUUUGACAGAGUUGCUUUCUGUUUCCAGCGUGGUUAUAGCUUAUGGUGGUGUUGGGGGUGGGGAGGAGACUGGUGGUGAAGGUGAGUACAUUUCUGGUGGUGGGGAAAGAACUGGUGGUGAAGGUGGAGUUGGUUUAGGACUUGGUGGCUGA